CAAGUUUCUCUGACGUUUCCCCUCAACGCAGAUAGAAAUACAAAAAAAGCUGUUGGUUGUCAACGAGCAGACAUGUUACACUAUAUAACAAUAAAUAAAUCGGAUUAAAGGGUUGUUUUUUGGAAACUGACUCAUAAGGCAAAAGUGCAUUCUGCAACUUUUCAAUAGUACCAUGCAAAAGGAGUUAAAUACACCACUAAGGAUGAGUUUUGCUGCGCGAGUGUGUGAACGAGCAUGUCACUGAUCGUGUUUGUGUUGGUGGCGCGGCUCGGGGAUGGACUCCCUCUGUCCGCCUCCACCGACUUCCAGCACAGCAGAGAGCUGCAGGAGAGGAAGCAGCAGAUCCGCACCAUUUCAAAAUCUCUGAGCUCGCUUCCCGAGAGAGGGAUCAUCAUGGGUCAUGAGCUCCAUAUCUACUUCUACACGUCUGACGGCGUGGCCUACCUGAGUGUGUGUGUGUGCAGUGUGUCUGCUGCCGUGGCCUUCAGCUUCCUGGAAGAUCUGCGCUGGGAGUUCACGGCCAGCUUCGACAGCUCGGCGGUGGCCCAGGCGUGCCGGCCGUACCCGUUCCUGGACUUUGACGGCGUGAUUCAGAAGCUGCAGCAUCACUAUAAUCAGAGCGGAGGUCCUGCUCUUGGAGUCACUCUGAGCACCGUGCAGGAGGAGCUCAGCAUCAGUCCUCCCGACGUCCUCACCGUGGACGAGAUACAGCUCAGUAACGGGGUCGCAAACGGCCAUGCCGAGCAGGCGGCAUCGUCAGGUCAGACUCAGAGGCUGGAGCCGGUGUCUGCUCCUGGAAUCCUCUCGCUCAUCCUCAACAUCAUGUGUGCUGCUCUCAACCUGAUCCGGGGCGUCCACCUCAUCGAGAACACCUUCCAGGACGAUUACGAUGGACUCUGGAACGUCAUGGCGUUUCUUGUGGCGUUCGUGUGCUGCGUUUGUCAGUGCCAGCUUUAUUUAUUCCACUCAUCCCGGAAGAAGAUCAAGUCUUUAACGCUUCUCGCCGUCAUCGUCCUCUGCAACGGCUUCCUGUUCGGCUUGAGGAACGUGUGGCAGCUGGCCUUCCACGUGUCUGUGGCCUUCCUCUCCACCCUCCUCAUCAUCAACCGCAAACUACUGGACAGGAGCUUGGACUGUGGAGUGUGAGCUCACACACACACUGAGGUGGCAUCUCCCAGUGCUGCUUCUGAAAACACACGUGAUAGGACACGAGGUAAGACGUGACACGUGUCAGACUAUUGAGACGAUUUUCAACAGGAGACCAAAUUCCAGGACAAUUUCUCAAGCUUUGUACAUUUGAGUGUUUUACAGCAGAAUGAUAUUUCAUCCAUUGUAUUUUAUUAUUUUUUUUAAUUCACACACACACACACACACAAAUCGGUGUUUCCCCCCAUUAAAAGAGUCUUAAGGGGCAAUCCUGAAAAAACUGUACGGCUUUUAUCAAGUUUCCAAACACCCCAAAAACGUUUGAUGUAACUUUUGUAUGAAGUAUUUAACAACUUUUUCUCUCAGGAGAUUUUAAUCUCUCUCUCUCUCUCUCUCUCUCUCUCUCCCCCGUCCCUACACACUCUAUGUAUUACAUAGGACCUGGUUUACUAUCAUAUCAUGUUAUAAGAAAUGAUUUGCACUAAUUAAUUGUUUACAAAUUAAUUUAAAAACCCUUCAUGUUUCUAGGCGUAAUGCUAAGACGCUGUGAUGCUAAUGUUGUAGCUAGCAGGGGUUAUAAUUGAUGUUGAGUACCGUAUUUUCUGGAGUUUACAGCAAGUUGUUCUUAUCCACCGUGUCCCUAAAGCACACUUAUAAUCCAAUCCUUUACUAUUAGUAGUAAUAACACAUUUUUUAUGAUAGUCCAGGGGCAGCAUGGUGGUUUAGAGGUCAGCGCUGUUGCCUCACAGCAAAAAGGUUCGAAUCCCAGGUUUGAACAGGCAGGGGCCUUUCUGUGUGGAGUUUGCAUGUUCUCCCCGUGGGUUUCCUCCGGUUUCCUCAUGGAAGCAUGUACAUUAGGUUGAUUGGUAAUUCUAAAUUGCCCAUAGGGUGAGUGUGGUUGUCUGUCUAUAUGUGUGGCCCUGUGAUGGACUGGUGACCUGUCCAGGGUGUACCCCUGCCUUUCGCCCAAUGUGUGCUGGGAUAGGCUCCAGCAGAUCCCCGUGACCCUAAUUAGGAAUAAAGCGGGUAUAGAAAAUGGAUGGCUGCAGAAAAUAGCUCUCUUUUUGGUUGUACUUUAAUAUUUACACGAUGUUUUUAUUUAGUUUACUUUCAUUGAUCUGAAUGUACAGUCCAGAAAAAACGGUACAAUUCCAGUCUUUUUUUUUUUUUUUUUUUUAGUAAUAUUGUGACACAAUAACAUUGUUGUAAUGACCGCUGACAGUUCAUGAGGCGACACAAUGAUGUGACAUCUGGAGCUGAGUGACUGAAUAGCCUUUUAUCACAGACUUUUUAACUUUUUACACAGUUCUCACUCGGUAUUUGUUCAGAUAACAUAGCUGAACUGUUGUUUCAGAGAUCAGAGACCAUGCUGACAAACAUGGGACUAGCUAGCUAAUUACACACACACACACACACACACAGUGGCACAGUGCAGUUACAUCAUUUUAAAGUCUUAAUUGAUCCGAAUUCAUUUGAAAUCUUUAAGCCGACGUCAUUCAUACGAAAACUAUUCCGGUUAGCAUUGCCGUAAAUCUUUAACACCACGCGUGCCAUGCUAACAUGCCAUCAUUACAUGCGUCAUUAUUCCAUAUUUCUAUGUAGUUACGUUUUGUAGUGUUUACGACAUCGCGCUUACGACACAAGGCCAAACUCGAAAUAAUAAUUCAAGGGCUCCGUUUUUACUGACAGACCGAUGAAAUAUUUCUUCGUUUAAAGCUGACCGCGGUCUCACUUUGAGGUCCAGGUCCUACACUGACUGAAGACUGAGACAAAUGCACACAUAUCCUCCCGCUAAUUUCUGAACUACUGUGUGUGUUGGAAUAAUAAAAACAUAUUUUUGAUAUUUUUACAUUUGUAAUAUGUAUGGUGUAGAAGGUUUAGCUGUACUAAUAGAAAAUACACGAUUACGUAAUUCUAUCAGUUUGAUUAGUCCCGAGUGUCUAGAAAUUUCUGCGGGUUUACCCUGAAGUCACUUAUUUAUUAUUGUCUAUAUAUUCAUGUACGUUUUCAAUGAAGGUUUGUUUUCGAAAAGAGACGAAAUUGUACUAUUUAUACCUGUGGAUAUAUCCUGUCUACCUGUGUGUAACAACCGUCCGAACAAAACAGAUGUUUAGAGCAGAGUCUAUGUGAUUCAUACAGAUGACUUAAAUCCAGAUUCACUCUCUCUAGCUAGGUUGUGUAUUAGAGACACAAAGGUCAAAGCUACAUAAAGACGAGGAAAUGUUCUUUUAAAGAGAGAUCAUUCCACUAUUGUUCAUAUUAUUCAGAGAAACUACAGAUCUAAUCGAUCUAUGAACAUCUAGACGAACUAGGUCUGUCUCUGUCAGUUCAGAUCCCAGCACUGACCGCCAAGAAAACCACAGCCGGACUAAUGGGCCUGCUUUGGCUUUCUUGGCGGUCAGUGCUGGUAACGAAGGCUCCUGAAGAUGAAUGAAAGAGAAAAGGGUCUUUUUUCUUUGUACGGUUAAGGUUUCUUAAGCUUAAACACUCAGGGACUAUCAGAGGCUUUCUGGUUCCAGGGUUUUUUUUUUCCAUUUAAGAGUGUUCUAUAUCGCAGUAAACAGAAGUUUUAUUUCUAUACAAAUGAAUUUUUUCUUAACCUGCUUUCACGUGUGUUUUUUUGUGUAUUAAAUAAAUAACGAAGGGUAGAAUCCCAAUUCAAUAGCGUUUGCACACGUUCUGCCGUGGCUCUUAGGGAGUCCUGUAGUUUUUCCACAACUGAUCGUGAGCACGAGACGGAAACUGCGAGUCCAGUGAAAUGGCUAAUUUGAUAACAAAAAACACACUGUUCUGUUCUGUUACAUCAGAUCUGCCACAAAGACACUGUACAGUACAUCAGGUUUGUUCAGCAGUAUUUGGAAUCAUGUAGACAUUGAUCUGAUCUGAGUAUUUAACCAAGUGUGGAAGCUGAAGCAUGUGAUCUGCAAUAUGUUACUCAGUUUAAUGGCAAAAAAAAAAAACCCAACAGCUGUGACUGGUUGGAAAAGUGUACAUUUUUUUAACACAAUAAUACAAAAGUAAUAAAACUAAGACUAAAUGAAUAUAAAAUUGCGAGUACAUGGUAAGGUUCGGUAAUAAGUUCUUCUAUAAAAUCAGCAGGAUCGCUCCACUCUCACUCCCGUUAUACAGCUUCUAUCUGUGGCUCUGAGUAUGGCCUGAGUGUGGCCUUCUACAUCUCUGUUUUUUGUUUUUUUUUUUCCCCAAUAGAAAUGUGGUUCUUAAACAUGUCCAUCAACUACACUGACCAAAUGAAUGAGUUUGUUAUAGCUGCCAUAACUGUAAUGUAAUAUUUGAACGCAGGAAGGGUUUGUUUACGUGUGAUUUUUGAUUUUUGUGGAUUAAAUUGGUAAAAAAAGAAAAAGAAAAAAGGUGUCACAGUGUCUCAGUUUCAUGUCCAUUUGGUGUCCAAAUAUAUCAGAUCACUCAAAUAACGUCGGAAGUAUUCUUGAAAACGUUAGAUUUCUUAUUUGUUUUGUUUGAAGGACACGUGAAGUGUGUAUGCGGUUAUAUCUGGGCUUGUAGUUUUUACUGAAAAACACACAAUACUUUUAACUUAUUGGGAGAUUUUUCUUUUGCCGCUGUUGAUGAAGGAUCUGGAUUUAUGUACAGAUGAUUUAUGACAAGCUUUAAACAAUAAAAUCGAACUUUUUGCAAAUAUUUCCAUGUGAACACCAGGGGGCGCUCUAAACACAGGUUCCAUCUGCAACGCUACUUUAUCCAGUGUUAGGAGCCAAGGCAAUUUACUUCAUUUUCUUCUUCAUUUCCUUUUUCUUCUUGAUUUCUUUUAAUACAUUUACCGUGUCCAUGCUCAGGAACUUUAUCAGGAACGCAUGCUCAUUUAUGAAAUUAUCCACUCAGCCAGUCAGGUGGCAGAUACAGGUCAAGAGCUUCGGGUUCACGUUCGCAUCAAAGAUCAGAACUGAGGAUGACUGUGAGUUUUACCGUGGCAUGGUCGUUGGUGCCGGUUUAAAUAUUUCAGAAACUGAUGAUCUUCAGGGAUUUUCACACACAAUGGUGUCUAGAGUUUAGACAGAAUGAGGAGCAUCCAGAGAGCGAGAGUUCUGCAGGUGGAAACGCCUCGUUGAUGAGAGAGAUUGAGGGCGAUUAGCAAGAAUAA